AGCAGCCUGGAUAGGAUCUGCAUUCUCGCUUUCGGCUGGAAUCAAUGUGCCAGAAAUUAUGAUCGUGGUUGAGCAAGUAGGGGUCUGGUGAUUCAGAAAGUAUAAGGAGGUUACCUUAACACUUAAGUACUUGCUUCUGUGAGAGAAGAUGUUUUUAUGCCAGAGCAGAGUGUGUGGCCCAAUCUCAAUGUAAGUACCUUUCUAUUCGAAAAGAUAGUCAGUUCUUCUAUUACCCCUCUCCUCCCCCAGUAACACGCAAAGAAAAAUGUCUCACCACGACGGCGUCGAGAGCUCUCUGUCGUUGGACCUUUUCGGUUAUCCGGUUCAAAACCCAACUGCCGUGAAUUCGUACUACCUUGCUGUGCUGGAAUACAAACCGUUUGCCAAGUGGGGGGAGAUAUCCAUUGUGUAAAACGAUAACGAGCGUUGUCCGGGAAAAGUUUACUGGAUUGAGAUUCAUCGUGGAUAACGACGACAAGUUGUAGUGUAUCCUUGCAUGAUCGAUGGUGUAGUUGGCGGUUUUUGUUCUUGCGCUAUCCUCCAGAAGAUUUGUUUCCCCCUUCCGACACUGCUCCUACACUCUUUUCCAUGCGCAAUCGACGGGCACGAUUCUAGUGCGGACCCUCUGGUGUUGGCGCUGCAAGCGGAUUUCUCCAUUUCCUCGAAAAACAUGGUCCGGCUGGAAGUCGCAGAAAAUGCGGCUUGGCAGGAGGCGGGCAGGCGGUUGGAGGAAGACGCGUCGCCUGUGAAGUCAAUGCACCGUGUGCUGUCCUCGUCGUCGAACACGUCCGAAAAACUACAUGGUGAUGAACAAGUCGGGGACCACGCCAACCGGACACGGCAUCAAACUACACGGAGAGCGAAUCUUUACCUGCUGGCCAUGCACGCGUUUGCGCAGGGAAAAUUGCAGGAGGCGUUCGAUUAUGCAUCGCAAAAGAAUCUUCCGUACUAGCAUAUAAUUGCAUCACAGAUUUUUUCAAGAAGAAAUAUUUAUGUGCAAUUUGUCAUGCAGGGAGACGGUUAGGUUUGUCAUGCAUGACUGCGAUUAGUAUUAGUAAGCGAAGGGUCCGAUGCUUUUGCAAUCCAUAUCGAUUUCUUCGUCGGCAUCCUUCACGAAUUCCCCCGGGACCUGUUUGCCUGCAAGCGGGCACAGCUGAUGGGCCUGAUUCUCGGGAAGCCAGAGCUGAUUUACGCUGCGAGUUACGUCUUGGAAAUGGAACUCCGACAACAUCGCAAACUCAAAUCCGCGAACAAGGGACAACAGACGAAGUGUGUAGAGGAUCUUUAGGCGGUGCUAGGUAGUGGUUGGAUCAUGCUACAGGUCGUACUCUUUACAGUUGCAAGAACGACUACGAGGACAAGCUGUUCCCUCGCUUUUUUUAGUGUAUCCAAGCAGGAGGGGAAUAAUUGUUCGCUUGAAAUAAAACGAGGACUUAGCUACGAAUGCGAUGAUGUUUCACUGCAUACAAUUCUGAAAAUCGAGUUUGGAGGUAGUGCCGUAGCUAAGACCACGGAUGGUGCGCAGAACCAACCAGUCGUCGACUAUGUAGACGAAACCACUAGUACUGCUCCGGGUAAUAUGAAGCACUACUUCGGCAUGCAUGCGUUCUCGCUGGAGCAGAUUGGAGAUUGGAAUCGGUCAGUCGAGUGCGUCAAACGGGUAUGCCACGAACAAAAUUGUUCUUUUGGAGGACAUUUAUUGGCUGAGCAGCUAGCGAUUACCAUCGAUCACAUUCAUAUUCAUCGCAGUACAGAGUAGCUAUCUGCAAAAACUGACGAAGUGGAAGUGAUAUAACUUCUUGCAGCUGUAAACAUAGAUAAGCCUAGCAGUUGCUUGCUACCCGUUCUUGGAGGUCUGGGUAGAAGUGACACUGAUUCUCAUGUGAAAAGUUUAAAGUGUUCGAAGAGCUGCGCUUGCCUCGUACUAGAAGUGGUAAGUUUACGAACCACAGCGACAGGAGCUUAGCACGACGGAGGACUACACGAUGUUCAUCAAAUUGUAAACUUUUUUGUCCGUGGCAUAAUUCGGAGAGGCGUUUUUCCGCGACGCGCUAGACACCACGUCUGUCGACCCGUGGCUGCUGCAUUCGAAAAUCCACGCGGCGCACUACAAGGAGGACUGGAGCAGCAUCAUCACACUGCUGGAAACCGAGCUUCCGGGUAACUACACCACCGAAAACCUGCACAUCUUCCUCUACACGCAUUUCUGGUGGCAUCGUAUGCCUGGUUCAACACGUCGUCGGAAAUUUUCAACAGUAUCAUAGCCUGAGUCUAAGACUACUUAAAAAAAUCGAUGACACAGGACGUCCCAUGUUUAUUUGCUGCUUUGAAUCUGCUUGUUCUGCAAAAAUCAAAAUGGCGACAUUGAUACAAGCCCAACUAUUUUGUUCGACCUGUAGUACAAUAAGAGAAUUUCCCGCGUGAAUCGGUCAUACAAGUCGGCGUGACGUAUGCGGAAAUAGGCAAGCUGGACGAAACAGAGCGCAUUUUGAAAACCCGGGUGUGGGACUGUUUUGGAUCGCAGGAAGAAGAAGAAACGGCGGGAAAACCAAGGGCUCAGGCACCGAAAACCGAUUUUCGCAAGGACCCUCAAGUCCGUAUCGAAUUGGAAAAAGGGAAACGAGCCAACGUGAUGGUCCUAAAGUUCUUGCAACUAGGUGCUCAUCAAGAUGAAGACAAUUGCAUCGGCAAGCUUCAGAUCCUUUUUGUUUCUACUGAGCCCAUCAUCGUCAACUGGGGUAUCAUCAAUCAUGCUGUGAGCGUUUUACCUUUUCCGCUCCAUAAAAUAGCUGAACGCGUUAGGUCUGAUGUGGAGGCUGGCACAACGUUUCAGCACCACGAGCGCCGAAAACGCGGCCACUUCCUCAAACGAAGUAAACCUCCUCCGCCGGCGUUUUCAAGAAAUUCAAACCGUAUUCACCCCCCACCUGGACCCGCUGCUAGAUUUGCUGUACAUGCGGUUUCUGCCAACCCUCGCGGAGAAACAAGAAUUUGUCGCAAAAAUGCAAGAACACGCAGUGGACAAACGGCCGGAGUUGCUGGAGGCAGGGAAGCUGUCCGAGAUCGUACUCUGGUGCUUGCCUGAAGUGAUCGCUGCAAUCGCAGAAGUAGAGGGUGAGCAGGGCGGGCGCGAAGCGGCGGAAAUUGUACCUCAACUACGUGGAACUGCAGGGGAAGAAGUUGACAUUACUGCAGUUCGCGGUCCUACUGAUGGUGACCCGCAUAGGAAAUGCAGCAGUUCUGCCGCUCUACAACUGAAUGCCAACCGGGCCGCACUGAAGGCGUUUGAUUGGAGCUGUUUGGGGAAUAGUUGUAUCCUUGGUGAAAGUUGUCCUGAUUCUCGUGGUUGUACAAAUUGCAAUGUGGCAUGACAAAAAAAAAUCGCUAGCUUUUUAGCAUGACCACGCACGGCCAGGGAACUACAGCUUUUGCAAAGCAUACGUCGGGAGCAGCGAGCGGUGCUGAAGACCUUACUGGUAGAGGAGUGAAUUUGAAAUAGAAACGAGAAACGGCGAUGGAUUUUUCUUCUGCACCUGGGGGUAGAAAAUUGCAACGUCGAAAUUGAUAUCGAAAAGGUCCUACUGCUGGUUUCCUCCUAAAGGGGCCGCUAGAUAUUCUCGCAUUUCUGUUCUUUCACGAGAACUCGCAAGGACGAUGAAUGUUGUCCGACGAGCUAGGUCCUUGCUGUGCAGCAGAUUCGAUCUACAAGCGGGUUUAGCUGGUCGGUUUAGGUUU